AUGUAUAGAGAAUCUACACCAAAACUACCGACAAAUGGUCCUCGAAAUACAACGAAGAGAGCUUCAACUCCUAAUACACCAACAUCAUCAACACCAAACCCUACGUCAUCAUCAUCUACAAUAAAUUUACCAACUAUAGUACAAAUUUCAAGACCAUUUUUUACAUCACAAGAAAUAUCAUUUUUACAUAAAAAAACAAUACCUGAUUCAUUAAAAUUACAAUAUAGUUCAACAAAAUCAAAAAUUUUUCAAUUUUUAAGUCAAAUUGUUAAAAUUUUAAGAUUUCCUCAAAGAGUAUUAGCAACAACAAUGAAUUAUUAUCAAAGAUUUUAUUUAUUUAAUAAAUUUGAAAUUGUUCCAAAUAAUGAUAUGACUAGUAGCUAUUAUAUACCGAAUAAUAUUGAAAUUGAUCCUUUCACUAUUGCCAUUGCAUGUUUAUUCCUAGCAAGUAAAGUUGAAGAUUGUAUAAAAAAAUUAAGAGAUAUUCAAUCAGUUUGUAAUAAAUUAAGAGAAUUAGAUGAUAAUAAAGUAAUAGAAAUUAAUAAAGAUAAUACUUCCAAUAGUACCAUAGUGAAAAAUAAUUCAAAUAUAUUGUUUAUAGAUUUACAAAAAAAAUAUAUUUUAUCAAUUGAAUUUAAAUUAUUACAAAUUAUAAAAUUUGAUUUUAAUUUUGGUAAUAAUCCAAGUUUUAAAAUAAAUAGUGAUGAUUUAAUAAUACAAUUUUGUAAAAAUUUAAAAAUUAAUUAUAAAUUAUCAAUAUUAAGUUGGUUUAUAAAUUAUGAUAUUAUUCAAACUCCACUUAAUUUAAUUGUUCCAUCACAUUGUAUUGCAUUAGCUAUUAUAAUAAUAAGUUUAAAUUUAAAUCCAAAACAAAUGAAAUUAAUAAAUCAUGAAAUUGGAGAAGAUGAUGAAGAAGAAGAUUUAAAAAUUUCCCAAAUUUUAGAAAAUUUUAAUAUUGAUAAUUUUAAUUGUCCUGAAUUAUUAGUUAAUGAAGCCCUAAUAUAUAUCUUGGAUUAUUAUAUUCAUCAAUUUAAUGUAAGUAAUUUAAAAAUUUAUUUACCUGAAAUUGAUCCAGAAACUGGUAAAAAUCAAAUUUUAAAAUUUAUGAAUUUAAAACAAAAAUUUAAUAAUUUAAAAUUAAUUAAUGAUAAAAGUUGUAAUUUUAAAUUAAAUUCUGAAGAUGAAUAUUUUAAAGAAUGGGAUUAUAAUAUUGCUAAUAAAAGUUCAGUAAGAUUUAUGUUGGGAAACAAAAGGAAAAGAUUUGAUAAAGAAUAUAGAAUUGUUAAAGAUAAUCAAAAAAGAGAUAAUGAUAAAGAUCAACAUAAAAAUGGGAGAAGUGUUCGAUGA